AUGAAAAAUCGUACUCCUCUUCCUGUCCCCUCCGAAGCCCCCUCGGUGCAGAACGGCCAUUCCCGCAAUCCCUCCGGCUUCGACAUGGCUGCCCGCAGUCCUCCCAACCAGAGCAAUACCAAGCAUGUGCCCUGCAAAUUCUUUCGCCAGGGAGCUUGCCAGGCCGGCCCUGCUUGCCCUUUCCUACACUCCACAGACGCCGCGAUUGACUAUGCGCCUUGCAAAUAUUUCACCAAGGGCAAUUGCAAGUUCGGAGCCAAGUGCGCGCUGGCGCAUAUCCUUCCUGAUGGUCGGCGGGUCAAUCGGCCAAGUCCCGGUAUGGGAAUGGGUGGAGGCCAUCUCAAUCUUGGAGGACGCGUCAACCCUCAAGCAUAUGUCAAUCAAGAUUCGGCCUUGACAAACUCAGUCCUCUCCCAGCAGCGCUUGGGCAAUCAUGAUCCUCGUUACGCUUCGCAAUUGCCGCCUCAAGAGGAGUUCGGUGCUCUACAACAGCAGCAGCAGCAGCAGCCACCCCCACCGCCAUUCGACGCCAUUCCUACCAUCGACGCUGGUUUAGCCUCGGAUGCGGGUUCGAAGUAUGGGUCGCCAGCGGACGACACGCGUUUCCCUAUGUCUCCGAAUCACCGUCACCUAACUGCUCUUGACGCACAGCUCCCCGCAUCGUUUGACAGUCAAGGCAUUUCGCACGCCGCUCGUUAUGGCCCCGUGGCCGCGUCCGUGCCAUCGAAGUUUGGGUUGGAUCUGGCCUCUCCUCCAGCGCAGAGAGUGGGUGGUCCGUCAGAUGUACUUCGUAAUCUCCGUGACACAGCGUAUGGGUCUGACUUCAGGAAACCCUCGUCGUUCAUGGGGUCAUCCCCUCCAGGCAUUCCCGAAGAUGGGGUAGGACCGAGAUUUUUACACUCUGCUAGGCCAGUGAAGUCGCGCAUGCUUUCGGCUAGUGUUCCCCGACCCACAGCGUUGGAUGACUGGGACGACAGCAACUUCCCCAUGGAGGAGGAUUAUCUGCCCAUCAAUUUGCACGAUGAUGUCCUCACCCCUCAGGAGAAACUCCGACGCCUGUCGCGCACUGAUCAUGAUCUCAGUUCCAGCCACCGCGAUUUAAGCGGACUCGGUAUGACCAGCACCAGCUUCUCCAAGAUCGGCUCUCCGCUCGCAUCUAGUCCGUCACGAUUUGGUGCCUUAUUUGCCAAGCAACGCCAGCAGAAGAAGGAUGAAGACUCCCAUGGUACAUCCUUUUCGCACAUCGGCUCGCCUCUUCGCGAGUCCUCCCUCAAUCUAGGUACCAGUCCCAGCUUAGGACCCAUCGGAAGCCGACAGAUCUCCGGCGAUGUCUCCCCAUAUGUGGCCAGCCCUGGCAGGCAGUCAUCGACAUCCAUGAUCUCUCAGCAGCUGAGUAGCAUGUCUCUUUACCCUGCUCCGGCCCGUCACUCCUCCGCAGUCGGCUCCAAUGGCCGCCUGGACCGGACAAUCUCGUCGCCUGUCAGCACAAGCAAGAUCGAUGAGGAGCAGAGUGAUUUAGUCUUCUCCAUGGAGGAAGAAGAUAGCACCAAACGGGGCAGUACUUCUUGGGCCACCAAUAAGGCGGAAUCCAACGAUGGGGCAUCGACCCCCACAAGCAACUCAGGUUUCCAGCCAUGA